AUGGACUCGCAUUUUGAAGUCGUACGGCAGACGCACGAGGAGAUAGAGCGCUUCGAGCGCGCCCUCUACGACGUCCUCGCCCGUCCCACGGGUGUCCACCAGACCAGGCUCCAGAACGAGCACAAGGCCGCCCAGAUCCUCGACCGCCUCUCCGGCCGCUACCAGGUCUUGAACGGACUCUACCAGGACGACGCGGCCCGGAACGCCGAAAAGGCAGCGUUGGCCGCUCCGGCGGCUCAUCAACAGGGAGACCUCACGGCCUUUUACGAGAGGUUGGGCAAAAUUCAGGACCACCACCACAAAUAUCCUGAUGCAGGUGCAGAUGGCUUUGCGCUAGAGCUCGCUGCUUUCCUCGACGAUCCCGCCCCGGAGGACUACGAUGAGGGAUACGAACCAGAAGACCCUAUCGCGAACUUGUUCUCCGGCGAGGAGCUGUACGGCAAGUUCCUCGACCUCUACGCCAACCAUACCGUCUACAACAACUUGAAACUCGUCAAGCGACUGGGAUACCUGCAAUAUCUUGAUGUUCUCAUGACGCUCGACAAGGGUCUUCACGUAGAACUUGAGAAGAAAAUCCGGCUCUCCAAAGACUACGAUGCGUAUAUUCGAGGUCUACACACAUACUUAUCAUCUUUCAUGCGUCGCACACAACCUCUGACGAACGUCGACGCCUCCCAAUCUACCGCCUCGGACGAUUUCACCGCGAAAUGGGACGCAGGCGAAUUCGACGCAGAAUGGGUAGAAGAAAAGAAGGGUGCGGCGACAGAAUCGGGAGAGGGGGUUUGGUGCACGGCAUGCCAGAAGAUGUACUCGAAGCAGACCGUAUACGACGCGCAUCUGACAUCCAAGAAACACGUCAAAGCCGCUGCGAAACAACCUAUCGAUACGCCACCUAAUAACCCCAACGGGCCUCCUGCGAACGGCACACCGGUGCCGGCUGGUGCUACGUCCAAUCACAAGGACAAGCACCGGCCCGCCGCGCGCCUGACAUACCUCUCCGCCGCCCUCCUCACCGACCUCGCACCUGUACUCGCAGACACCAAAGCGAACGUGGAGCGCAAGUUCUCUCUAACAGCACGCGAGCGUGAGCAAGAAUUGCUUGAGCAGUCUCGCCCACAGGCUCCACCCGCAGCUACGAAGGCAGAUGGUACGGCCGAGGAAGAGGAAGAAGAGGAAGAGAGGAUAUACAACCCGCUUAAACUUCCAUUGGGCUGGGACGGGAAGCCGAUUCCCUAUUGGUUGUACAAAUUGCAUGGGUUGGGGGUGGAAUACCGUUGUGAGAUAUGUUCGGAUCAUGUGUACAUGGGACGCAAAAACUUUGAGCGACACUUCCAGGAGUCGAGGCAUGCAUUUGGUAUGCGUGCCCUUGGGCUUCCCAACACGAAGCACUUCCACGAGAUCACCAAGAUUGAGGAUGCGCUUGCUCUUGCUGAAAAGCUCAAGCGUGAGGGCCGCGGAGAGAUCACGGAGCAGGAGACAAUGGAAGAGCUCGAGGAUGACGAGGGCAAUGUGUACAACCGCAAGACGUACGAUGAUCUAAAGAAGCAAGGCUUGAUCUGA